AUGGACGUCGAGGUCCCUGCAGCUUGUCCGGGGGUUCAAUCAGAGCAAGCGGGCAAGGCGUCUGCAUGCGCAGGAUGUCCAAAUCAGUCGCUUUGCGCGUCCGGGGAGGCGCUCAAGGACGAGGCUGUGGAGGUGAUCGGUAAGCGACUGGAGAGCGUAAGGCACAAGAUCCUGGUGCUGUCCGGCAAGGGAGGAGUAGGGAAGAGCUCGUUUGCUGCUCAACUUGCAUUCGGACUAGCAGGCAAAGACGUGCAGGUUGGCCUCCUCGACAUUGACAUCUGCGGGCCAAGUCAGCCCAAAAUGAUGGGAGUGGAGGGCGAGCAGGUGCAUCAGAGCGGGCUGGGCUGGGCUCCCGUCUACCCGCUCGACAACCUCGGCGUCAUCUCCAUCGGCUUCCUCCUCCAGCACCCGGACGAGGCGAUCAUCUGGCGCGGGCCCAAGAAGAACGGCAUGAUCAAGCAGUUCCUCAAGGCUCUCCUCCUCCUCCUCUCCUUCAGCUCAUCUCCCUGCAGGAUGUUAGCUGGGGGCACCUCGGACGAGCACCUCUCGGUCUCGCAGUAUCUAGCGAGCAGUAAGGUGGACGGGGCUGUGAUCGUCACAACCCCGCAGGAGCUCUCGUUGCUGGACGUGCGCAAGGAGAUCAACUUCUGCCGCAAGGUGAACUUGCCGGUGCUGGGGGUUGUGGAGAACAUGUCAGGCUUCGUCUGUCGCAAGUGCGGGGUUGAGAGCCUCAUCUUUCCUCCCACCACCGGCGGCGCUCAAGCUAUGGCGAAUGAGAUGAACGUCUCCUUUCUCGGGUCCCUCCCCCUCGACCCAGAGCUCAUGCGGUGCUGCGAGGAAGGAAAACCUUACUUGCCGGGAUUGCACACGCACACGCCCGAGGAGCUGGAGAUGAUGGAGAUGAUAGAGAUGAUGGAGAUGAUGAUGGAGAUGAUGAUGGAGAUGAUGAUGAUGCUGAAGAAGAAGAUGGAGAUGAUGGAGAUGAUGGAGAUGAUGGAGAUGAUGAUGGAGAUGAUGAUGAUGCUGAAGAAGAAGAUGAUGAUGAUGGAGAUGAUGAUGAUGGAGAUGAUGGAUAUGGAUAUGGAUAUGGAUAUGGAUAUGGAUAUGGAUAUGGAGAUGAUGGAGAUGGAGAUGGAGAUGAUGAUAGAGAUGGAGAUGAUGAUGGAGAUGAUGAGGAUGAAGAUGGCUUAA